UAAAAGUUUUAUGUAGACUUGGUGCAAGCUUACAAAAUAAACUGAAAACAUUUGUCAACUUAAUAAAUUUUCUACUGGAAAUGUGUGGAUGGUGUUUGAUAAAUUGAUAGGUUUAAAUAAAUUUGGUGAAAAUUGGGAGAGAAGAAUUGGAUCUCUUAAAAGCACACAAAGAAAAGAAUUUCACGAAUGGGUUCUUAAAGUCUAUGAAGAUUACAGAGAUGGAUGUGGUUCACCUGGAUAUCAACAAAGGAUAAGAGCUCUGUCAGAAAAUAUUCCUAAUCGAGAUGAUAACUGGAUUCCUCAGGCACAAAGAAUGGAAGAAAGUUUUACCAUUCAUUUGGGUUCGCAAUUGAAAGUGAUGCAUAAUUUACGCCUAUUAUCGACAGAUGUUUUAGACCUGUGUAGACACAAACUGAAUAAAAUUAAUGGAAUCGUUGUGCCACAACCUCAAAGAUUACAGACGGCAAUAUCUUUAUAUUCAAAUAAUUUAUGUGGAUUAGUAUUGUUAGUUGAUAAUAGAAUUAAUAGCUAUACAGGAAUAAAAAGAGAUUUUGCUGCUGUUUGUCAGCUCUCAACUGAAUUUCAUUUUCUGGAUUUAGAGUGUCAGUUGGAGUCAAUUCGUGACAAUUCCAAACAGGCUUCAGAAUGGCGGAUGGUUAAUGGUCCUCAAGUAGAAAGUGGAAGCAGUGGAAAAUCUAGCAUAUCUUCAGAACAUCAAAAUUCCUCUUCAUUGUUGAAAUAUGGUGAUUUUUAUAUAACUCAUCAUUCCAAUUUGUCUGAAGUGCAUGUGGUAUUUCAUCUUGUGACGGAUGAUUCGUUACAUCAAGCAGAAAUUAAUUCUCGUCAUCCUGUAAUUUUAGGAUUACGAAAUAUUCUUCGAGUAGCUCACGAAAGAGACAUUUGCACCAUUACUAUUCCAUUAUUAUUAGUACAUGAAAUGUCAGAGGAAAUGACCAUUCAGUGGUGUUUGAAACGUGCAGAAUUGGUUUUCAAAUGUGUUAAAGGAUUUAUGAUUGAAAUGGCUUCAUUGGUAGGGGAAGAAACGAGAACUGUGCAGUUUCUUGUUCCAAAGGGAAUAUCGGAAGGCCUUUUUUCUAGUCUGUCGUCCAUGCUACCCAGCAUAUUUCGAGUAUCCAAUCCUCUGGUGCUAAAGACUAGGUGAAAGAAAUAAUAAUCAGUCAAACUUUACUUUGUUCGUCAUGUGCAUAAAAUUGUGAAUCUUGAAAUAUACAGAUUGUUGAAAUAGUACAAGUUAAUAAAGUGUCUUGUUCUGCUUCUGGA